AUGAUACUUAUCAUGAUCGCAUUUCUCGAGUUUGAGACAAACUUCAUCAUUUCUUGUUCAAUCCUAAAAUUCCGCUCAAGUAUGCUUCAAUUGAUGAUGCUUAUCAUGAUCGCAUUUCUCGAGUUUGAGCUAUGGGAACAACAAGAACAAUUGCUCCUCGCAUGGCUGCAAUCAACUAUAUCUCGUGAUAUGCCGUGUCGCGUCAUUGGAUGCAAAAGUUUGUGGAUACUUUGGGUCAAAAGUCACACCUACUUCCAACAACACACAGCAGCGAAGCUCUGCCAGCUUCGAUCUGAACUCAGACACGUGAAGCUCAAAAACUGCAAAAACUCAAUUUCUGAACUCCUUCGCAAAGUUAGCGCUAUUUCUACCGAAGUUAAAACUCUUCUUCUCUGUCAUGAGUCGCAACCGGACCGGUUUUGCAAGAACACAAUUGCUUAUGCAAAUGCGAAUCUAACAGCAUUGUCUGCUGCUUCGAACGACAUACCUCACUUCACUGCGUCAAACCCUAAUUCCUCUGAUGAGACGUACUCGGCCAAUCUUCAAGGAUUUGGAUCUCGUGGAGUCAAUUUAGUUAGUUACAAGGCUCCUUUAGGGAUUCACCUUUCGUCGCAUGUUAUGUUUGAGUCGAGAGACAUGAAACACAAGAUAUAUCCUAAGCCCAGUAGCUGGACCGUGUAA